AUGAUUCAAAGCGGAGAUCGAGCAUACACAGCGUUAAAACUUGAUUCAUCCCACUCCUUCGUCAUUGCCCAUGAAAACGUGACGUUCUUUACCAGACUCGGUUCGAUUGGACGGGGUGACUUCGGCGAGGUAUGGAAGGGAGACCUGCGCUCAAAACAAAACCAUCUUGACGUUGCUAUCAGGCAAAUACCAGAUUGCGUGACAAAAACACUUCACGUACUUCAAGCCAUCAAGGUACUUUACAAGCUAUCGGAUCAACCAAAUAUUGUAAGAUGUCUAGGAUAUUGUAAAGAGCAAGGUAGUAUUCUGUAUGAGUUCAUCUCAGGGGGUACACUCCUCACCCAUCUACAGACUUCAGGGGUGCAAUCUCAACCCACGUACAGCAAUAUCAAACCAAAUGGUGUUCGUAUUGAGGAGGGUACCCUACUUAACUUGGCUUGGCAGGUUGCUAAAGGGAUGCAGUUUCUAGCAUCUAAGAAGAUUAUCCAUGGAGCUCUCUGCGCUCACAACGUGUUGCUAGGAGAAAGAAAACAAUGCAAGAUAUCAGACUAUGGACUUUCUUCAUCGUUCUUUGGUGACGUAGCUAAACCUACCAGAUGGAGUUCACCAGAAACCAUGGUAACGGGUGACCAAACAACAGAAGGAGACAUCUGGUCUUUUGGUAUCGUCUUAUGGGAAAUUGUAACACUGGGUGCAAGACCAUACCCAAAUAUAACAUUCGGCGCGGUUCAGACGGAGGUUGCUAAUGGUUACCAGAUGCCACGCCCUCGUCACUGUGCACAAGAAGUGUAUUCGGUUAUGACUGGAUGUUGGGAGAAGGACCCUACAAAUAGGACAAACUUUGACCGGAUCCUGAAAGAUUUGGAAAUGAUUCUAGAAAAAACUCAUAGCUACCUGUCACUUAAUGACUUGGAUGAGCAGUUGUAUGCGUCUACCAGUGAUAUGUGAAAUAUAAUUACCGCAUCAUUCGUGUAAAAAUAUCAUCAAGAAAAUAUUAUUUUCAUAAUUAUAAGUGUGCCUGAUCGUUGACGUACAUUAAUCAUGUAAAAACGCGUGAAAAACUUA